AUGUGAGUGGGACAAAUGAAGUUCAUGUUCCACAGCUGGUGAUGGCGGAUGUUGUUGAAAAAGACACCAUGAAGAAUUACCACAUAGCGUCUGAGAAAAUUAACCCGGAGGCCGGCCGCUAUCCUUACUGCAUUGUGUGGACCCCUAUCCCCGUCUUAUCAUGGCUGCUUCCAUUCAUUGGUCACAUGGGAAUCUGCACCUCCACUGGAGUCAUCCGAGACUUUGCUGGGCCUUACUUUGUCUCAGAGGACAACAUGGCUUUUGGAAGACCAACAAAAUACUGGAUGCUUGAUGUAAGCAAAGUCUACGCCAGUGGCUCCAAUGCCUGGGACACUGCAGUACAUGACGCAUCAGAGGAGUAUAAGCACAGGAUGCACAACCUGUGCUGCGACAACUGUCACUCACAUGUUGCCAUGGCUCUGAAUCUGAUGCGAUAUGAAAACAGCACCUCGUGGAACAUGGUCAAACUCUGCCUCCUCGCUCUCAUCCAUGGAAAACAUGUUAGCUGUGCAGGCUUCCUGAAGACCUGGCUGCCUUUCCUGAUGCUCAUGGGCAUCAUCCUUACAGUGGCCUUGGCCCUCAACCUCCGGUGACCGGGGAGACAGGUUUAAGACACGGUGAAAACCCCCCCCUGCGGCUCAGAUGUGGCGCUGACCUUUUGAACAGCAAAGGGGAGGGGGCAUCACACGGUGUCGAACGAAAGUAACCGAGGAGAUAAAGACUACUCACCUCCAGGAGGAGAUUGUUGGACAGGGAUGUCCGGGACAUUGCUUGAUUUGUGGAGAGCAGGUGACCGACCACUGGCAUUACUGCAGAGUUGAAGCUGGAAAACCCCCAGUGACAGGAAUUCAUUAAUAUCCACGUGUUUAGAGAAGUAACUGAACACUACACAACCACCACGACAACACAAACACCGAAUGGAUUAUGGAUGUCGAGAGUUUGAUCGCAGGUUUAAGCCAUCGCCACCUGCAGAGUGUAAAAGUACGUAUGUUGUUGAAUUCUCUGAGGGACACACAUCCAUGCCUUGCUUUCCGAAUUAGAUGAGUUUACUGUGUAAUGGAUUGGGAGUGUAAUCCCCCUGAUUCAGUGCUUCCAGAAUGCCAUUUUUAUACUGGGGAACAUGUUAAAUCAAUUAGCUGCCUUUCAAGGGAAUUUAUUGCAUUUCAUGCUUGAUCUAAUGUAGCUCUUUCACAGUACUGAAACUAAUACCUAAUUACACAAGAGCAGUUUGUAAUUUUGUGCGUUUUCUUACUCGUAUUCUAUAGAAUAUCAAACAGCCUGCAUCUUUUAAGAGAAAUAUUUUCUCAGAGAUCUGUUGUACGUGCUUUACAUGUAUCACCUCAUGGUACUAUUAACUACAGGUUCAUCAGUGCAAUGAUUGCAGCAACCUCAGUGAAUGUGGCUGUAGUAAAUAUCUAGAGAAACCAAGGGAAUAGUAAAGCUCCUCUUGGUUUUCUGUACAUGUGCCAAAUGUAGGAGAACGUGAGACCAACUCAAACUGUGUCUUUGCAUAUCUAACUUGUUCUGUAGUAGAACAGCUCAUCAGUGACUCCAAACUCAUUGAAUGCAAAAGCCUGCAGAUGUCAGCAUUCUGAAACCUGCUGAUGGUUCUGUUCACUCUUAAGGAUGUUUUCCCCUUACUGGUUUUGACUUUUAUGAGAAAAAGCAAGAGUCAGUGCCUAAAAAUGACCUCUCUCAUCAUUCCCUUGUACACUAUAUGGUAUAUUUUUAGUUCUGUGGUUGUGUUUGACUCCUUUUUCAAAACGUUAAAUCCACAUGAUGGUUGGGACUCAAAAUCCGUUGCCAUGGCUGUUGUGAGCAGAUUCAAAUCCCCUCAUUGUUUGCAAUCAAACAGAAAAAAGUGUUGAGCCCUCUCUUUGUCCACGGUGCUGCCAGAAGCAGCAGGUAGCCAGGAUCCUCAGGUUUUUCAUGCUCACAACCCCUGCUGAAUAUCCCGUUUCCCCCCAGCGCCUGACCAGCGUCGCUCCUGCUGUUUUCCACCUCUGCAGAUCAGAUUCAAAGGUCGUUGUGAAACGUCAGUGCUUUUUCACUAAGCUUUGUUAUAUAUCGACCAACAUCUCCGCAAUAAUCCAAAGUAGAUGCCAUUUUAGUGUGAGCUUCUAAGUUAAAGUGUGUUUUCUUUUCUGUAGUAGGAGUUUACCUCUAGGGCUAACACAGUGCCAGUUUUCUAGACUUUGCUCUCCUCAUCAGGCUCCUGUUGAAAGCAGAUAUUCUAUGGCGUCUUCUUGUGCAUAUCUCACCCAUGUUGCCUGUAAAUAUUUGAACAUUCUCCACAUCAGGUGCUGUCUCUAUACUUUGCAAACUUGAUCACUCACUACAGAUUUAACCCCUGAAUAAUUUAAUGUAAUUUUCUUUGUUCUCUUUCCUCCACUUUUGCAUAUCAUGUCUGCUCAACAGUGAAGCAGAUUCGUGCCUGGAUGAGUGUGUGAUUGUGUAUGUGUGUGUGUUGUCCACAUAAAUGACUGGAGAGAGCAUGCAAUUGCAUGCCAGCAUGUGUGUAUUGCAUGCAUGCAAGAAUAUGAGUGGAACUGUUGGAGAGAGAAGUUCAUGGUCGACUCAUAGCUGUGGUUUCUUGUUAAUCAGCUGCAUCUUAUUGCAGCAAGCUGCCUAGUGAUUGAUUUCUAUAUGUAUCACUCCAUAUUUUUCUCUUAAUCUCUUUUAAAUGUUACGUGAUUGCUGGUAUUCUUUAGUGAGAGUAAAUAAUAUAUUAAACUGUAACACGCCCGCUUAAGUUGAUGUUGAUUCGAUGCAAUAGCUGGUUCCAUGUGUACUGUAGCUACAGAUUCUGUAGAUUAGAGAUGCAGAGUCUUUUUCUCAAAGGAAACGCAAAGAAAUGCAUAAUCUGGCUUCCACUGGAUGGUAACAGUCUAUAUACACUGCCGUUCAAAAGUUUGGGGUCACCCAGACAAUUUCAUGUUUUCCAUGAAAACUCACACUUUUAUUCAUGUGCUAACAUAAUUGCACAAGGGUUUUCUAAUCAUCAAUUAGCCUUUCAACACCAUUAGCUAACACAAUGUAGCAUUAGAACACAGGAGUGAUGGUUGCUGGAAAUGUUCCUCUGUACCCCUAUGGAGAUAUUCCAUUAAAAAUCAGCCGUUUCCAGCUAGAAUAGUCAUUUUUCACAAUGUGUAGACUGUAUUUCUGAUUUAUGUUAUCUUCAUUGAAAAAAAUGCAUUUUCUUUCAAAAAUAAGGACGUUUCUGAGUGACCCCAAACUUUUGAGCAGUAGUGUAACAAUGAAAAACACUGACACCUCUCUUUUUUAAAAAAAAUGUUGCUAGUAACUUCAUUGUUUUUUAUUGUAAAUGCAACUUUAUACCCUAACGUCUCAAAUAUCCAUCUGUUAAAUUAUUGAAUUAAGUUUUGGACAUUGUAAGCAAGCAAACUGGCAGCCCUACAUUUAGAGGGGUGUUACUAAAAGGAGCAUGUGUUUUCAAAAAAAAUAAAAUUGGAAAUGUGCUCAUUAUGGCUAAACUGCAGUGACGUUUUAUAUCCGUGUCCAGUGGCUUGUGGAAAAUACCAGCAGAAACAAACAGAAAAGUGCAAAUCCCUUCGGCUCUCUGUAAUUGCGCUAAACGUUGGAAAACUGGAGACAAACAUUGUGUCUGAAUGUGUGACUCGCCCUUUAAUGAAACGGCUUAUUCAUUACAUGUCGAGCUCUGAAAGGUAAUGAAUGAAUGGCCCUUUGAGAUCAGCUGAUAAAACACAACAUUGGCAUAAUUACUGUGUCUGACGUAAAAAUGUGUAUAUUUUAGGAAGAGAGAAAGUGUGCAGACAAACAGUCCACCAGUCCUUCAUGGGAGCGCAUGUGCAAGAAUGCAAUAUUCAGUGGAGAUCAUUUGAAUGGUUUUAGAUGUUGCCUGCUGCGGUGCCUUGUUGUAUCCAAGAGCCAGGUCCAGGAAUGUGGAGACCUGUGGUCCCAGCGAUUCAGUCUGCUGACAAAAGACAGUUGGGAUGCUAUUAUUAGUGCCACUAUCCAUAUAUACUUAUACCAGUCUGCAAUUUCUAAACCCUCUUUUGUUUCUCUAAUCCCCAAAAUAUCUUUUAUGCUGCAGAUCAUAUAGCCCACGGGGGGAAUUUUAAGAAACCUGCAAGUGACUGUGUGAACUCUGAAUGUGUUUCUGACUUACAGCUAUAACACCAAUAAAGAUGUCUAUUAUUGUAGAAA